AUGGGCGAAGCCACGGGUGUUUCGAUGGCAACUCUGACUCGCACAACCGCAAGCCGACAAACAACAUCAACCCCUUCGAGCAGUACCCUAGCAAACGGCUCGCCGCGCCCCAUUACCAUCUUCGACCCAGCCAGACAGUCUCAAAUCAAACAACUGACCGCCCUGCAGCAACACGUCCUCUUCUGGGACCGCGACAACGACGGGAUAAUCUACCCUCUGGACGUGUACAACGGAUUCCGCGCCCUCGGCUUCAGCAUCAUCUUCAGCCUGGGCAGCCUCCUAAUCCCGCUGUUCUUCUCCUACGCCACGAGCAUCACACAGUCCUACAUCCCAGACCCACGGUACCGAAUCUACGUGUCGAGCAUCCACAAGGCCAAGCACGGGUCCGACACUGGCAUUUACGAUGUGGAUGGACACUUCGAUGCCACCCGCUUCGACGCCAUGUUCGCCCGCUACGACACCACCCGCUCCGGCGGCUUGAGCGCGCACGAGCUGUGGACCAUGUGGAAGAAAAAUCGCUGCGCCGCUGACCCGGCGGGCUGGUGUUUCGCCUUCAUGGAGAUGUGGACUACCUGGUUGCUACUGCAGCAGGACGGACGAGUGUGGAAGGACGACUUGAGGGCUUGCUAUGAUGGGACGCUGUUCUGGAGGAUUGGUGAAGGUUAUGAGAUUGGGAAGCCGUGGCAGAAGGGCUAUGGCGUGCGAGAUUUCCUUGAGGGUAUGUGGUAUGGUGGGACGUGGAAGAAUUGGGAGUUCAAGGGCACGAAGACGAGGUAG